GUGGCGAGAAGUGGGGCAAAAGAGUUUCAUUGAUUCAGACAGAGAGGAGCUCAGAGCGAGAGAAUCAACGUUCAGCCUAAGACUGGAGUGGAGAAGAAGUCAUGCUUGUCAAGUUCACCUGCGCUGCAGUCACCAGGAUAUUAUUCAUUUUAGUGUCUCUUAUCGGCGUUUGGAGGGUGACAUGGGUGAAAAAGAAUAACUUGUACUGGUUCCUGACUAUUCUUUAUCUGCCUCUCGUGGCUGAAAUGGUUUUAACUCUCAAAAGGAGGAAAGGGAAGGACUACAAAUGGUUUUCUCCAGCAAUUCUGUUCUUCCUCAUCAGUAUCAUACCAACCAUAUGGAUCCUUGAGUUGCACCAUCAGCACAACAAAUCAAAUGACACGAAGUGCAACAGACUGGAUUCAUCCGACAGCAUUAAAGCUUUUCUUCAUGAAUGGAGAAAUUUCACCAAUGGAACAGUGAAUCCACAGGACCCUCUGGAGUUCUUGUCGUCGGUUUGUGCCAACGACUGGAUCCUGGCCCUUCAGCAAAUCCUCCUGAUUCUUCUGAUAGUAGGCAAAUGGCUGCUGCCCAUCGCUGGAGGGGUCACCAGAGAUGAGAUGUCUCAGUUACUGCUCAUCUUUGUGGGCAUUGCUGCGGAUAUUCUCGAGUUUAUCAGCGAGACGCUGUCUGAUGUCAAGGAGGAAAGCCCACAGUUUGUGUACAUUAUUCUAGCAGUAUGGACGUGGAGUAUGUUACAGUUUCCUCUUCAUUUCUCAGUGGUGAACAGCAGAACAGAGGACAUCAGAGCUCAGGAAGACUCUCUCCUCUCUAAACACAGGACAGAUAUAUGGAACAUUGCGGAAAGUCUUUUUCUUCAAGAUGGCCCCUUUUUUAUUGUCCGACUGACGGUUAUGAUGCGCUUUUCUGUCUAUCAUCAAAUGUUGGUCUUUUUUACCAUGAAGAACUUAUUGGUGGUGAUGUUGAACAUCUACAGACUGUGGGUCAUUUGCAUUGAUUUCAGAUCAUGAGUU